AUCUCUCAGCUGCUCUGCGGGCCAAGCUCAGACAAAGUCGGCCUUCAGCUUCAAGCACGAUUCGCAACUCAGCAGAACGCCAGCCGGACAGGCCCGCUCCCGCCAUGUCAGCUGUGCCUGCUGCGUCUGCUGCGGGCUCGGCAGCGGCGGCUGCAUCGCAUGCAGCGGGCACGCCGCCGCAACUGGAAGACCUGCCACUGCGCUUCCUGGCCCGGCACCGACGGCAUGCUGCAUCGGGGCUGCGGCAGGCUAGUAGCUUCAGCGCCAGCAAAGAUGGAGGCGGUGGAGCGGCCACGGAGGAUGGGUGGCGCAUCGCGUACAGGCACUGGCGCCAGCCAGUGCCGCAAGAGCAGGCGCCACAGGCGACGGAGGGGCAAGUAGCAGGAUCUUCACAUGGGCCGGGAGGCAGAGUUGCGAGUGCCGCGGGUGCAGCGGUGCAGCCGCGGCCUCACACGUGCGUGCUGUUCUGCAACGGCCUGAAGAGCGAGAUGGCCGGGUCCAAGGUGCGUUGCGCGCUGCAGCAGGCGGCGGCACAGGGCUGCGAGUUCGUCUGCUUCGACUACUCGGGGUUUGGCGCCUCCACAGGGCGAGCGUGGGAGUCGUGUGGCCUGACGGACUGGAUUGAGGACACAGAGGCACUGCUGCGCGAGGUGGUGGCGGCACCGCGUGUGGUUCUGCUGGGAUCAUCCAUCGGGGGUUGGGUGGCGCUUCGUGUGGCGCAGCGCUCGGCAACGCGCGCACAAGGCACCCUUGCCACCGCCGCCACCUGCCAAGGCCGCGGCAGUAGCAGCAGCACCAGCAGCACCAGCAGUAGCAGCGGCAGCAGUAGCAGCAGCCGCGGCCCCCAGAUCACAGGCGCGCUGCUGGUGGCGCCGGCAGUGGAUCUGUCGGAGGUGCGUUGGGCGGCGCUGACGCAGCAGCAGCGCGACAGCGUCACUGCCGCAGCCGCUAGCAGCAAGGCUGCCGCAGGGAGUGAAGGUGCACGCGGUAGCGGCGACGGCGACGGCGGGGCCGGCGGGCGUGUGUCGCUGGGCUCUCCGUACCCCAUGCAGGGCGGUGACUGGGUGGGCCCCGCCUACUUCACACAAGGCCGUGAGCACUUGCUGCUUGUACGGCCCUGGGGCGAGGCCGGCCGGCGUGAAGGGCAGCUGGGCCCCUCGGGGCAGGGGCCGGAGCAACUGGGAGGGCCAGGUGUGCUGUGGCCAGGUACUGCUGCUGGCAGCAUUGUGUGGCGGCGGCCGCUAGAGUUGCGGGUGCCGGUGCCCUUGCCGGUGCUUAUCGUGGCUGGCUCGAACGAUGCGGUGGUGCCGCUGCCACUCGUCCGCACCCUGGUUGAUGGCAUCAACAACGCAUCAGCCGCUGCCGCUACCGCAACCGCUGCCGCGGUCGUCGCAGGUGGGGCGACAGCGCAGCUGCCGCCACCGCAGCUGGGCGGCGGAACAGAGGCCUACCACCACUGCGGGCUGGGAGAGGUUGUGGAUGUAAACCACGGCGUGUGGGAGGAGGGGAAUCGAUGCACGGAAGGUUUAGGUGCUGCAGUGGUGAUAGAGGCGGCGGCGGCGGCAGCGCCCGAAGCAGCGGGUUGUGAGCUUCAUGUGGUGGAGGGCGGGGACCACCGGCUGUCGAACGCCACAGGGCUGCAGGUGCUGCGCGCUUUGCUGGGAAGGCUGCUGUCGGCGUCACGGCUGGCGCAGGUCUAGAAUUGCCGUUGUGGACGAUUAGAUUGGGAGCAGGAGCUCAUGCUGCUGCCGGCGGCGCCGCUGGCAUGGUAUGACGAGUGUUGCGGAACUAAUGCGUACGCAGACCAGAGCGGAAGGCGGAGUGGGCUUGCAGGCGGCACGAGAGUAGGCAGUCAGUAGCGCAAGUUGCGAAUUCACAUGUUACCUCGUAACCGACGGUAAACGCUGUGGACGGUCGCUCCCAUGGCUGGUUUACGGAAGGCGGCUGCGGUAUCGGGAUGGCUGGGCUGGACGACGGCGGCCGGGCUGACGUUGCUUGGGACUACCAGAAAGGAUGCGCCCGAAACCAACCUAGAGA